GCGGGGACGCGGCGCACGGGGGGACGCGGCGGGGCGCCCAUGGCGUUCGCGCUGCUGCGCCCCGUCGGCGCGCACGUGCUCUACCCGGACGUGCGGCUGCUGAGCGAGGACGAGGAGAACCGCAGCGAGAGCGACGCCUCCGACCAGUCCUUCGGCUGCUGCGAGGGCCUGGAGGCGGCGCGGCGCGGCCCGGGCCCCGGGGGCGGGCGGCGGGCGGGCGGCGGCGGCGCGGGCCCGGUCGUGGUGGUGCGACAGCGGCAGGCGGCCAACGCGCGGGAGCGGGACCGCACGCAGAGCGUGAACACGGCCUUCACGGCGCUGCGCACGCUCAUCCCCACCGAGCCGGUGGACCGCAAGCUGUCCAAGAUCGAGACGCUGCGCCUGGCGUCCAGCUACAUCGCGCACCUGGCCAACGUGCUGCUGCUGGGCGACGCGGCCGACGACGGGCAGCCGUGCUUCCGGGCGGCCGGCGGGGCCAAGAGCGUCGUCCCCGCCGCCUCCGACGGCGGCCGCCAGCCGCGCUCCAUCUGCACCUUCUGCCUCAGCAACCAGCGCAAGGGGGGUGGCCGUCGUGAUCUGGCGGGCAGCUGCUUGAAGGUGAGGGGGGUGGCUUCCCUUCGAGGGCCUCGGAGAUGAGCCUGGACCCCUGUGGCGUUUGCUCCAAGCAGGACCCCGGAGAAGAAGGCCAGAGGCCAGCCGCUGGUAGAUAGGGAAGAAGAUCCCACGAGCCGAGCCCAACCCUUCUUUGUGUAGGGACCAGAGGACAAUGGCCUGGGCCUAUGACCCUCUGGUCAGGCCCCCUGGGACAUCUCCACCCCACCCUGGAGAGCCGUGAGGACCCAUCCAGCCGGCCCCAGCCCUGGCUGGUCAGAGACAAGGCAGAACUUUUGGAAAAACAAAGACUUGGUGACAGAGGACGUGUGCGUGUCUGUGCAUGAGUGUGUGGGUGUGUGUGAGAGAGAGAGAAUUGGUGGGUUUAAAAUAAAAGGUAUUUUUAAAUAAAAGAUGUUCCCAGCUGAACAAGGGAGGGGCCUGGGGACAUCAGAGAUCAGAGGUGGCCCCUCUCCUGGACCUUGGCAGAGGCCCAGACAUGGCAAGUGCUGCCCUGUGCCCUGGAGAGUGUGGGGCUGGAAGGCAGGAAGAUCCCCCUCUCCAGAAGUCAAGAUACCCAAACUUUCCUCGCAGUCUUCUUGAACAACUGUUAGGUGUCUGGUGCGGCUGGUAAAGCAAUCUUAAUUUUAUUUAUUUUUGAAUAAGGAAUAUAUUCAUUCACGAGUUUCAAAAUUCAAAAGGUACAAGAGGGUAUAGGAUGAAAAUCUCUCCCUCCUGUCCUUCAGCCACCAAUUCUCCCUGCAGGCAGCCUCAGCCACCAGUUUUUUGUGAUGUCCCCAUUCCUUAUGAGAACCAAGCAAAUACCAGGAAAAAAAAAAAAAAAUAUAUAUAUAUAUAUAUAUAUGUAUAAGUUUUCUUCCACUCCACACAAAUGGUAGCACGUUGUACAUGCUUUCUGCUCCUUGCAUGUUUUUUUCCUACUCCAGCUUGGCUGUCAUCCUGAGUCAGUACACGAGGUAAAGGGCGCCCACAGUCCUUUAGUGGCUGCGUACUGACUUUAUUAAUGCACCAGACGGGAACGCGUCCCUUAUCCAGGUCUUCACAGACAGGGCUGUGGAGACACAAAGUUCCCACAUGUGCAAAUGAGUGUGUGCUAAUGGGGUAUUUGUACCUUCUUAGCUGAGGUGAUUCAGAGGAUGAUGACACCCAGAGGCCUGUGGCUGCCAUGUGGCAGGGUGACGACGUGAGCCCUGUCCACCUUUAAAGCCCCAAGUGAGCUCCAUCCCCUGUCCUGGAGAUGCCCCAGAGGGGUCACCAGCCCCCGUGACCCCAGUUAUGCUCCUAGCAGCGCUGGGAGGUGGGGGCUGGUGUGUCCCCAUUUCACAGAUUCAGCUGAGAUGGGGUUGGGAACAGCUGUCAGUGGAGCCAGGAGGUCUUGGCUUUCCAGCCAGAGCUCUGUCCCUGUGAGCCCAGGAUCAGAGAAGCUCAGGGGGCUGGAGGGCGGGGAGGCAGGGAGAGGGGCCAGGAGAGGUGGCAGGGCCAGGCACCUGCCCUUCCCUCAAGGUAUGCUCACACACCUGUUUUUAAAAUUUGUGUAUUUAACAAACACUUUUAUUUAGUGUUUACCUACUGAAGCCUGGCUCCAGAGUCCACACUCGUGUCCAGUCUGCUCUGUCACCGCCUGCAUUUGACCCUCUGACUAAGCCUGAGGGGCUGCCCAUUUUGCAGUUCAACAGAUUACCAAGCACACUCUCUGUGCCAGACACCAGGGGGAUAGGCCAGACCCACCCGGUCUGCCUCAGAGACGAAAACCGAGUAUAAGGGAAUUGCCAGUCUGGGAUGGAGUGGGCCGUGAACCCACGGCACUUAACCCGUUUGGAAUGAGAAGUGGAGGAAGGAGGGCCCCAGGGCCAGGGUCCUCUCCGGGAGAGCUUUCCAAGCGCCCUCUACCUCCCUCCCGCUGUGUUCCAGGGACACCGGUCUUCCUUAUCCCGUGUCCCAGGGCAGUCACGCUUCCCCCUUUGGGAACUAAUUAAGAAAGCACAUUGCACUCUCUUCGCCUACCCAGGUCCAGGUCCAGGCGGCCCCUGGCAAAGCCACAGCAAGAGGACCGUGACCUCGUGAAUGGCAGGAAGCCUGGGAGUCGGGGCAGAGCAGACCCUUGGGUCCUCUGGGCUGGAGGCCCACUUCUGCCACCAGAUUUGCUGGGUGACCCCUGAGAAGUUGCUUGACCCCUCUGGGCCUCCUUGGCCUGAUCUCUAACCAGUAAGAACAGCUGAAACAGAAUAAUAAUUAUUUGUUUUGCCUUGUUAAAUAGUUUUUAAUAGACCGUUUAUGCACUGGGUGAAUAAUUCAAGUUGUAUCCGAUUGUACGCAGUGAAAAGUACAUACCUCCCUCAAGCUCCUCCCCAAAGACAACUGCAGUUAGCAGUUUCCUGUGUGUCCUUCCAGAAAUGCUCUCAACUGAUUACUGUUUCUGAAAAAGUAUUUAUAGGUUUCUCUGCUUCUGUUUUCAUUGUAAAAAAUUCAAAUGCUACAAGACCUUAGAAAUAUCACCCAUCCCCAAAACAACAACAAAUUCAUCUUGCAAUUUAUAAAACAUACACCUCAACAGUCUUUACAGCAUACUGAGUUAAAACUUUUCAUCGAAGGAUAACAUGCAUGCAGGAAAGUGCACGUGCCCUGAGGUGUACAGCUUGACAAGUUUUCACAAGCUGAGCUCACCCGUGGACCCACCAUGCAGAUCAAGAAAUGCAAUCCACAGCAUCCCAGGGGCCCCUCGCACACAUCCUAGUCAGACUGCGUCCUUUCAAUUAUAUUUCCUUUGAAAUAGAUAAUACACUUAACAGAGUUCACAGUUCAAGAGACACAAAAGUGAAUAAAUUUACAAUGUCUCCUUCCCUCCCAGCCACUCGGUUCCGGCUCUCAGAGGCCAUUUCUGUUAACCAGGGUCUUGUGGAUUCCUGCAGACAGUCUUUGCAGAUACAAGCAAGUCACAUAGAUCUUGUUUUUCGGCACAAGUGGUAGCAUUUUACACACUGUUCUGCACUUGGAUGGUUUUUUUCCCUUAACAAUACAUCUUGGAGACUCUUCAGUGUU